UCCUCCUUUCACGUCCUGUGCACUCGGACUCGCAGGGCGGCCGCCGGAGCACCUUCCUCCCGCGCGAAGCGUGGUUAUACCGUAGUCAUUGUCCUUCUAGUCAAAGAAACAACUGAAACAUGGCCCACGAUCCCGAAAGACGUGAGCGGAUAAUAUACAAGCUUGUGCUUACAGGCGGACCUUGCAGUGGAAAGACCACAGGACAGGCCAGACUUAGUACAUUUCUGGAGAACUACGGUUGGAAGGUGUUCCGGGUUCCUGAGGCAGCCACCGUGUUGCUGAGUGGAGGUGUCCGGUUCCCCGACCUCACCCCUGCAGAAGUGGAGAAGUUUCAGGAAAACUUGCUGAGAACCAUGAUGGCAAUGGAACAGACCUACUUUGACCUGGCCAACACAUGUGCAAAGAACUGCCUCAUAAUUUGUGAUCGUGGCACUAUGGAUGCAUCGGCAUUUGUAAGCAAAGCAAUUUGGGAUAAGAUAAUGAAAGCACAUGGGUGGAACACUGUUGACCUGAGGGACAACCGCUACGACCAAAUAAUUCACUUGGUGUCAGCAGCGCGUGGUGCUGAGGCCUUCUACAACACAGAGGACAACAACUGCAGGACGGAAGGCAUUGAACUUGCACGGGAGCGUGAUAUUCUGGCUGCACAGUCGUGGAUAGGUCACCCAUACAUGGACGUCAUUGACAAUUCCACGGAUUUUGACACCAAACUGCGGCGCAUGAUUGAGGGGGUGUGCCGACGGAUUGGCGUGGACACGGGAGACCGUUUGGCGUACAACAGCCGCAAGGUGAAAUACCUAGUCAGGAGCAUGCCCAAAGACAGUGACUUUCCCCCGUACCAGGACUUUGAAGUGGUGCACGACUACCUAGUCACAGCCAAUCCCAAGAUUCAGUGCCGCCUGAGAAAGAGGGGCCAGAACAACUACUGGAGUUACAUGCACACCCAACGCAGGUGCGACGUGGGGAGCCAAAGCAUAGAACUCAAGCGGCAGAUUACCCAUCGUGAUUACAUUAACAUGCUGGCUCAGAGGGAUGACUCCCACUACACGGUGUACAAGCUGCGCCGUUGCUUCCUCUGGGGUAACAUCUCCUUCCAGAUGGACGUCUACAAGAAACCCUGCCAUCCCAGGUGCGAAGGGCUCAUUCUGCUGGAGACCUAUACAACCCACACAGCCGAAGAGCUGUCCUCCCUCCUGCCCGACUUCUUGGACAUUGAAAAGGAAGUAACGCUGGACCAGAACUUCUCCAUGUACAACCUGUCACGGAAGGACACGAAGCUCCAGCUAUAUCCACAACCCAACGGGCACGCGUAGCGCUCAGAAUGUCGCCUGCUUCUUAGGCCAUGUAUUCACACGGAAACCGACACGACAUCCCCACGGAAUAUUCUAGCGGUAGAUGGAGCAAAAAAAGAAAAAAGAAACUGCUCACGGGGUGGAAGUUCCAUUGCAUCUCGUUGGGCAUUUGCACGUAGUGGCGUACUCUCCACAUAGCAGACGACACCAUCGGCCCUGUCGUCUGCUAACAAUACAUCUCGAUAUCGACGUGGGGCUGUGCCGCAAGACAUUCUCUAUGGGUUAGAAGCAUGUCCUAUGGCAUUAUAACGACCAUGUCAUUAUUGGUAACUCUUACGCAGGAGCCUGUCAGCACCAUCCGCUACGGGCGUUACGCAUCGGCCCGUGAGAUGUUCAUUGUGAUUGGGCAAUGGAAAUUUUUAAUUUUUAAUGAGCAGAAGAGGACAUGUGACCGUUGUAGAUGAAAAUGUGUAAGAUGAUGAUGGUAACCAGAUCACAACUUCAGCAAGAACGCAUCUGUCGUGGGACAUGCUCCGUGUGUAAAGCUGUAGUGCUGAAGUACAAGGUAUUGUAACAAUUGGUGAAACAGUAACUUGGCCGACGAGUAGCGCCACCACUGGCUUCCAGAUUGCGGCGCUUGGGAGUGGUGCAAAUAACGUGGUCGCUAUAGUAUAGUAGGCCGCGGCUAGAAGAGUGCAAAAUGACAUAACAUUGAGCUCUGGCAGCAGAAAGCCAGGAACGUUUUAUGCAUCUUCCGUCGGGGGCGUUCUCGGAAACUGUCGCUCGUUUGAAUACACGGGAAAGGGAACGCACCUGUUGUUUGGAGUAAGUUCCUCGUGAAGUGGGAUCUAUUUUUAUGGUACUGUACUAUAGCUGUUGACGAACCUUUCUAGUGGACACAGCAGUGUUAAGGCUGAAGUGGUGCACUUCCAAUUAUGUAUUAUUUGAUUUGUUGAAUAUUUGUUGUUGUUAUAGACUGAGAUCUCAAGCUGUUCAACAGUGGAACCAAUAUUGAAUUUUGUUUUGUGGCUAGCUCUAGUAUUAGUGCGACAAGCUCUAGGCACCCGCGAGUAUUACCUGCAGACGAAACACAAUGUGGUCGUGAAUGCACCACCUGUGUGAAUGAAAUGUCAGUCCUACGUUGAGUUUGUUUCUAUGUGUAUCCUCUUUUGAAGUACACGCAGAAAAGAAAUACAUGUGGAUCAAAGUGGC